AUGUCAGACUCCAGUUCUGACUUUGUGCCGCUGGUCCCUUACAAUGGCACCAUUGCAACCGGCGGCGAUUCCUUGAACCAGGAUCUCAAUGUCUACUACAAUGCUGGUGAUAUUGCAUGGGUCAUCACCUCGUCCGCCCUCGUCUUGCUCAUGAUUCCGGGUGUUGGUUUCUUCUACUCUGGUCUUGCUCGCCGCAAGUCUGCCCUUUCCCUCAUCUGGCUGUCGGUCAUGUCCGUCGGCGUGAUUUCCUUUCAAUGGUUUUUCUGGGGUUAUUCACUGGCCUUUUCCCACUCGGGUGGCAAGUACAUUGGCGACCUGAGCAACUUUGGUUUCAAGGAUGUCCUAGCCCAGCCUUCGGUGGGAAGCACCAAGGUUCCCGACCUAUUGUUUGCCAUCUUCCAGGGCAUGUUCGCUGCUAUCACCGUUGCCCUCGCCGUCGGUGCCGUUGCUGAACGUGGCCGCAUGCUUCCGUGUGUCGUGUUCAUGUUCGUCUGGUCUACUGUCAUCUACGACCCAAUUGCCUGCUGGACAUGGAACUCAUCUGGCUGGGUGUUUCAACUGGGAGGUCUCGACUUUGCUGGUGGUACCCCUGUGCAUAUCUCGUCUGGUGCCGCUGCCCUCGCAUACUCGCUCAUGCUCGGCAAACGCCGUGGUCAUGGAACCCACGAACUGAACUACCGCCCACACAACGUCACUCACGUCGUGAUAGGAACCGUCUUCCUCUGGGUCGGAUGGUUCGGUUUCAAUGCAGGCUCUGCCCUGAGCGCCAAUCUCCGUGCUGUCAUGGCUGCCGUCGUCACCAACUUGGCUGCUUCUGUUGGUGGUGUGACCUGGUGUCUCCUUGAUUACCGCUUGGAGAAGAAGUGGUCGACCGUUGGUUUCUGCUCCGGUGUUAUUGCUGGUCUCGUUGCCAUCACCCCCGCCUCUGGCUUUGUCCCAGCUUGGUCUGCUGUUAUCUUUGGUAUUGUCGGCGCUGCCGCCUGCAACUACGGCACCAAGCUCAAAUAUCUCCUACGUGUCGACGAUGCUCUCGACAUCUUCGCUGUCCAUGCCAUUGGCGGUUUCGCCGGCAACCUUCUCACGGGCCUGUUUGCUGCUGACUACAUCGCCCACCUCGACGGAGUCACCGUCAUCCCCGGAGGCUGGCUCAACCACCAUUACAUCCAACUUGCCUACCAACUCGCCGACUCCGUGACCGGGUUCGCCUACUCAUUUGGCGGUACAUGCAUCAUUCUUUUGAUCAUGAACUUCAUCCCCGGCCUUACUCUUCGAUCCACCGAGGAAGACGAAAUCAUGGGCAUUGACGAUGCCGAAAUUGGCGAAUUCGCUUAUGAUUAUGUCGAAAUCACCCGUGACGUGAUCGGGUCGUCUGAGGGCUCUGUUGUUCCAUCUGGCAAGGCAUCCAUCAGUUCUGAUGCCGAGCGUGCAAUCCAAGAAACCAAAGCUUAG